AGGAAUGGAUGUAGGCUCCAGUAGAAUUUAUCCGAAGCGUAAUCCGAGCUUGGCCCAUUUCCGUAGAAUCCGACCAGUUUAUAAGUGAUGGAUGUAGGCUCCCGUUUAGAUUUCUGCUGACUGGUAAUUGACAAACCAAAUAGAACACUUAGCGAAGGAGAGAGAGAGAAGAUGGUGAAAGUGGCAACGUAUUUCGCGAUGACAUUAGGGGCUUUUGUAUUUUGGCAAUCAAUGGAUAGAGUCCAUGUUUGGAUUGCUCUUCACCAGGACGAGAAGAAAGAAAGACUUGAAAAGGAGAUGGAGAUCAAGAGGGUCAGAGAAGAGUUAUUGCAGCAAGCUAAACAGGACACCCUUGCAUGAGCUACAUAUUUGGUCAAAUCUCCAUUUUUCUUAUUUGUUCAAGUACUGAUUUGCUCUCUGAGCUUCUUUUUACAAAACAAUGUAACUGAAAAUAAUUGAGUUGGCAAAUUAGUUUGCUUAUAUCCAGAACAGCUUUCUUCUCCCUUCAUGUAGCUGAUUUCUCUUGAAUAAUUUAUGAAAGAUAUAUCUAAAAAGUAUCUUAUUGUUGUUA